ACAGUAUAAGGUAGUUUUACAUAUACAUCUAAUUAUAUAUCGGAUAAGAUUGAGCAAUUAUAAAAUAGUUUAUACUGUUAAUGCAUCAAAUAAGUUAAGUUUUAGUACAUACAAAUUUAACUAAUUUGCCCUGAAAUUAUCUGCAAAAACUUUCUUUUCUUUGAGACACUCUUUAACUUCUUCAAGGCUUCUAAUGUGCAUGUGCCAAAAAUGAAAAAUAAAAAAAAAAAAGAAAGAGAAACAACAAAACACUAACUGUAAAUAACUGCCCAAAAACUUUCAAACUCAAAUUGUUGUUCAUAAAAACCGAGUUAACCCAUUAUUUGCUUCCUCUGUUCUAUUUCAAGGCAACAAAAACAUGGAACCAACUGAACAAAAACUCGGAAUCAAAGUCUAUAAUGCAACCCCUCCACCACCACCACAACCACAUCCUUCCGGCCUGGCUCCCCUUACUAUCAUACCGGAUCCAGGCCGGAAGAAUAAGCGUGCGAUCAUGGCAAAGGGUGUCCAAAAGACAAUUUCCAAGACCUCAUUGCUAGGGAACUUCCUACCAACAGGAACACUCCUCACUUUUGAGAUGGUCCUUCCAUCAAUCUACAAGAAUGGUCAGUGCACUCAAGUCCACACAUUGAUGAUCCACACCCUCCUAAUUCUAUGUUCACUCUCAUGCUUCUUCUUUCACUUCACUGACAGUUUUCAUGGCCCUGAUGGAACCGUUUACUACGGUUUCAUCACCCCUAAAGGGUUGUCAGUGUUCAAACCAGGGAUUCCAGUGGAAGUUCCAAAGGAUGAUAAGUACAGAGUUUCCUUCACUGACUUUGUUCACGCGUUCAUGUCAGUGUUGGUGUUCGUGGCAAUUGCUUUCUCUGAUCAUAGGCUUACUAAUUGUCUAUUCCCGGGGCACAAGGAUGACAUGGAUCAAGCCAUGGAGAGUUUUCCAUUGAUGGUGGGAGUAGUUUGCAGUGGUUUGUUUCUUGUGUUUCCUAAUUCCAGACGUGGAAUUGGAUGCAUGUCUGCAUGAUAUUAACAUGUAAGCUUGUUGGUUUGUUAAUAAUUUGUUUGUGAUUUGGUGUAGUUAUUUCUUUUCUGUAUAUGUAACUUUCUUGUACAUUCAUUUUAUUUUUAUUUCAUAAAUAAAUCUCUUAUAUAUAUAGAUUGAAACAUUACUUGAAAUUUGUUGAUUUCCAUGUCUAUACAAUAUAUGAAAAGUGUCUAGCAAAAGGCCUAGCUGCAUGCAAUUUUAUUUUUCGAAUAAAAUAAGAGUUUAUUUUUUAUGCAAUGAUAGUGUAAAGAGUUUUACACUACCAUUUAGAUUUAUGCAUUUAUAUUUUUUUAAGUAGUGCAUUUAAAAAUUAGUUACUUUUGCGAAUCUGAUAAUAAACAAUAAGUUGUUUAUACAAAAUUAUUUUACAUUGAGAGUACGAUAAAUUUACAAUUCAAAGGGAGGCUAUUGGCCUAUUUGGCAUUUACACUAUAUUGCUAAAUUAAAGUUGUGCAUGGAGAGGCAUGAGAAAUAAUAAAGAAAAAAAAAUCAUGGCUCUUGGGAUUGAGUAGAGGUUGAUAUUUCUCCAGCAUUCACUUGAAGCAAUGGCAUGGUGCUUGAUCCUUCCACAUUUGAUUCUUGUUGCUCAUCAUCUUCAUUGAAUCUAU